UAUACUAUUGUUCUUAUUAUUGUUUUUAUUGUAUGUUUAUGUUUUAUAUUAGUCUAUCAACUAAUUUAUGCAUGCCAACACUGGUAUUAUUAUACAUUGAAUUUGCUGAUCCAAAUCACAGUGGUAAAGCCUUAAACUGGUACCACAUAGGUGUAGAACAACCUGUGAAAGAUAAAAGAGAUGGUAAAGAUAAAAGAGUUUGAUUAAAAGGAAUUUAAUCAAGUAAGAGGGAAAAGGCAAAGAAAUAGAUGGUAAAGGAUUAAAGAGUUUGAUUAAAAAGAGUUUAAUAAAGUAGGAGGAAAAGAAAUAGAUGGUGAAAGAUAAAACAAAGGGAAAGAAUAGGAAAAAAAAAAAAAAAAAAGAAAGAAAAACAAUGAGGGGUUCUAUAUAAACUUACGUAGUGUCUUUACUUUCAGUACCAAAAGAAUGAAAAACUUAAAAGAUGUGAAGGAUUGAAAUUUGAAGGUUAUAGAAGGAAGAAAAGAAAAGAUUAAAAAACAAAGAAGGUUACACAAUCACACCCAAGUUCUUUGGCAGUCAUUGAGAAGAUGCAUCAAUAAUUGAAUACUGGCUCAAGGGGCUUUUCCAUUCUAAGAUACAAAACUGACAUAUUGCUACUUAGAAGAUUUUUGUUUAGAGACCAACUAAAGUUGGAAUUGUAUGAAGGUUAAGACUUGAGACUACUUUAGAAGCCACAAACCAGUAGACCUAUUAGUACAAUUGAUUGGAGACAUUUACAAUCCUGUUCAACAAACAAAACCAACAAUUCAUAUCACUGUUAACCUGAUCUAUUUAUUUCUCUAAGUUGAUAUCACUGCCUAAUUCUUUGCUUGUAAUUCAUUUUAUUGCUUGUAAUUCUUUGCUUAAUGCACAAAUAAAGGAUGGCAUCUCAAAUUGCUGAUGUUGAGGAGUCAGCUCUGUGGUCUACACAAUUAGAGAGAUGUUUUGUUGAUAUAAUGGUUGAGGAGGUUAACAAGGGAAACAUGCCAUCUGGGAUAUUUACUUCCAAGUGUUGGAAAAAGAUUGCGGAGGAGUUCAAAAACAAGACUAAUCACGCUUAUAAUGUGAAGCAACUAAAGGCAAAAUUUAAUCGAUUACGUACAAAGCAUUGUGAGUUUUCAACUCUUCUAAAUGAGACAACUGGGUUUGGUUGGGAUGCGGAAACAAACACUGUGACUGCUGAUGAAGAAACUUGGCAAACAUAUUUGCGGGCUCAUCCCAAUGCUAAGUGUUUUCGCAAAAAAGGUUGUGAAAAUUACAAAAUUUUGGGAGUUCUUUUUAAUAUGUCGACUGCUACUGGGCAACUUCACUAUGCAUCCACUCAAGAUCCACCUAAUAUAGACAAAGAAUGAGAGCAGGAGGAUCAAUUUAUGAAUACAGGUGUCCAUGUUAGUUCAACUGCUGAAGGUCAAGAUGAUUCAGAUAAUAUUCUAGUUGAAGACAAUAACCCUCGUCAUCGUAAAUCCACAUCCUCUGAUCGUCGUGCAAAAAAGGUGAGUAAAAGAGAUUCCAUUAGUGAUACUCUUGCUUGUAUUGUUGAAGCUUCCAAAGUAAGGACUGAAGCUUCCAAAGCAAGGACUGAAGCUUCAUUAGCUAAGGCGGAGACAUAUAAGAAAUUGAAACAUACUCAAAAGGCAACUAUCCCAGACGCAUACUCUCUAAGUAAUUGUAUUGAAUGCCUUGAGGGUCUUGAUGAGAUAGAUGAUGACACAUAUUUGAAGGAAACUGAAAAGUUCAAGGAAUUGCACUACAGAGAAUUGUUUAUUAAGAUGAGUAUUUCCAGGAAGUUUGCUUGGUUGGAGAGCUUGGACUGACUUGAAGUUUGCUUGGUUGAAGAGCUUGGACUGACUUGGGUGGUUACUGAAUGCAGGGUUUAGUUUUUGGUUGCAUGUGACUUGAAACACAUAUUUGGUUUUAUGUGUUAUUGAACAAUUUCCUUA